AUGGGCCGUUUCACCGAGUACUCCGUUGUGGGCCGCAAGCUCCCCACCGAGGCGGAGCCCGAGCCGAAGCUCUACCGCAUGCGCAUCUUCGCGCCCAACGACGUUGUCGCCAAGUCGCGCUUCUGGUACUACCUCCGCCAGCUCAAGAAGGUCAAGAAGGCCUCGGGUGAGAUCGUUGCCCUCAACAUCAUCCACGAGAAGAAGCCCCUCAAGGUGAAGAACUUCGCCAUCUGGCUCCGUUACGACUCGCGUUCGGGCACCCACAACAUGGUCAAGGAGUUCCGCGCCCUCUCGCGCGCCGAGGCCGUUGAGGCCAUGUACCAGGACAUGGCUGCCCGUCACCGUGCCCGCUUCAGGAGCGUCCAGAUCCUCCGCGUCGCCGAGAUCGAGAAGAAGGAGGACGUCCGCAGGCCCUACAUCAAGCAGCUCCUCGAGCCCGGACUCAAGUUCCCCCUUCCCCACCGCCGCACCAAGUCGAAGGCUUGGUUCGCCGCCAACCGCCCCUCCACCUGGGCCUAA